UAGAAUUUUUCUGUAUUAUUCCAUUCUGUAUAUUCCAAUAUAACACAUGACUGAGCACCUAGUCAUUCAUUAUUAUGGCUCUUUGUAAAAUACCAUAUGGCUCAUCUAUCCCGCCACCUGUUAAUGCUUUGCUUCCAGCUAGAGAUAGCGACAGGACAGUUUCCAUACGCGAGAACGACUAAUGACUUCGAACAGUUGAAACAAGUUGUGGAAAGCCCUCCACCUAAGUUACCCAAGGGAACAUUUUCGAUACAUUUCCACGAGUUCAUAGAACUUUGCCUUCAAAAGAAUCGAGAACAGCGGGCACGAUAUCCCGCCCUUCUAGAAACGGCAUUCAUCUCUAAGGGCAGCAAAGCCGACAUCUCUGCAUUUGUUCAAGAAGUCAUCGAGCCUGUUCCUUAAGAGGACGUCAUAUAGCUAGGAAGUGCGAUGUGCGUACUGUUCGUAAUUAGGAACUAUUUCGGCCAUGCGAAGACGGUCCGCAUUUCUGAAGAAAAACGAUGUACCAAAAAAUAUAAGUUAAAGUCGUGAUCCAAGUGCAUCGAUCUGGCUAGCCUUUUUGCAAAAGCCUAAACUUAUCAAGUAGUGCAGGGUAAUCGAAUAUGAUUUGUGUAAUGUAUAACUAAGCCUUAUAGUAACAGACGUUCCUGUGAGCGCCUCACCGUGCAUCGAAGCUUAUUUAAUUACACUGCACGUAAUAGCUGAAUCUGUAGAACUGAUGUA